GUCUUAAUAUGAUUUAAAACUUUCUUUUUGAAAUGUAAUAAUAUACUUUAGGAUUUUACUUUUUCAGGUUUAGAUCGGAGCUUACAAGACAUACCAAUGUAUACUUGUAUAAUUCUUUAAGUGGGAAAGAUACAAAGUUUGCAAGAAAUGGCUUCACUUAACCCUAUACAGUUAGAAAAGGAAAACAGUAACUGGGUAAAAGCUCAGUUAGCUGUGUUGUAUACUAAAGAAGGACUUGAACCAUUUGUGUGUAACGAAAUUCAGCAAUUUCAAUUGAAAUGCUUAGAUGAUAUAUGUUACAGCAAUGGACUAUUAAGUGGGACUUUGUGUUCAAGUUGCUGUACAGAAAAUCUUGUAAAAUGUCCAACAAAUAAAAUAUGCAGUGUUGGACGUGUAAAAUGCAGGUAUCAUCGAAAUGCUGCAACAAGGUUUAAUCCUGCCGGCUGCCCUAACAAGAUAUGUCAUAAUUUCAAAACUGAGAUACAGAAUGUACAUAGGUACUCUGAUCCAUCGUACAAAAACACUGAUGCUACCCAGUGGUGUGGUUAUUUCUGGGAAGUGGCGAAAUGCUUCAUGCCUCCAGAUGGGUAUGCAGAUAAAGCAUCUGCAGCAGAAACAGACUUCAAUGGUAUAAUCAGUAUUAUUCUUAAUCACAAAGCCUUCCAGGGAAAAAUAAAAGAAGACCUCAACAAUAAGACAAAUAUCUUUGAAAGGGCAAGAGACAUUGGAAGAAAUGUGCGACAUUCUUCAAAACCUGAAGUAGAAGAUUCAGAUCUUAAGAAAUACUUCCAUCUAUUAAGACAACUUCUUUCUGAUCCCGGGUAUUUAGCUAAAGACACGCAUGCACAGGAUGCUAAAAAUAAACUUACAGAGCUAGAAAAUGGCACUCUAGUAAAUAAGUGA